GCCGCUCGCAGCCAAAUCCAGCUAUCUGCUGUGUUCAGAUGCUGCGGUUGGUUCCAGCGCGGAUGAAGGGGGCCCCACGGAGGACGGGUCCAGUUAUCCAGGGUGGAGGGAGCAGGUGGAGUCGUCGGCCAGAGGACGGAGGCCCGAGAGUCUCGAGCACACGGCUGAAGAGAAACACAGAAGGAUGGAGGAGAGGAAAACAAAGGUGCUGAACAUGCUUUCCAAACUGCAGGACGACACGCCUCGUCAGCCAAACGGCAACAAAGGUCACUCCAACUUCGAGGAAUUCGACUUUUUGGCAAAGUAUUGCAUUUUCAGUCAGGAGAAGCUGGCGGAGUACAAAAGAGCUUUUGAAGCAGAGGACGGUGAUGGUGACGGCUACAUCUCCUGCCUUCAGGUUCUACUCGCUCUAAAAAACAUCAUUCCUCCAGAGCUGCUGUCUGACGAAGAAGAGAUCUACGUUUACAGGAUCCUGGAGAUGGUGGACUUCAGAGUGACAGAUGGGCUCGUGGACUUGAGGCUCUUUGCUGUGAUUGCGAGCCUGGCACAGAAAAUAGCCACCAUGGACGAGUUCAUGCGAUCACAAAUCACCGACAUGGACUUCCGCUCGUUAGAAGUGAGGCUCUUCAAAGUGAAGCAACUGUUCCUGUUCCUCCUGGAGGAGCAGCACGGCGACGCUGGAGCUCAGCAGGGCUUCAUCAGCGCAGAGCAUUUGCUCCUGGAGCUGAAGGCCGGGGGGAUCCAUCUGGAGCAGGAGGCGGCCAUCAGGCUGGAGCUGCAGCACAUCCCCCCCCUGGACCUGCUGGACUUCCUGGCCUACCUGCCGCUCUUCAUGCUCAUUCACAAGUCGGUCAUCGCCAACCCUCUGGAUGACUCCAGCAACCUCUGAGCUCUUGAAGGCUCUGUGACACCAGCAUUUAAAAUGGUGAGAUGUUGUAGAAAGUUCAAUCAUCUCAAAGUUGGAAAUGUUCUGACUCUAUCUCCGACUUGGGGAAAAGAACCACAGAAUAGACUUUAACUAUCGCUAGGCAAGCUAGUUAGCAGGACAUUCUAACAUUAGCAGACAGAAACUCUUCUUCUCUGGUUUUGAGCCUGAUGUCGAGUAACUGUUGCCAAGCUACCGUUGGACAAACGCUGGCUUUAACGAGCGGUCACUUUAGUUUUCUUCCUACCACCCAAGUAUUAAACCAAAUGGGUCUUAACAAAUAAUGACUUCCUGCACAAAGAAGCAGAUAAAAGAAAGGUCCACAGGCAGCUCUAUGACGUGUGUUUGUGUCUCUCUGAUGUAUAAACAUCCAGAGGACACUUUGUGCUCUCGCUAGAGACAUAAAAAUAACCUUCUUUCACUCAUGACUUCUCCUGAGUCCUUGAUAGUUUGAGCAUUAUUAGGAUUAUAAGUGUUAUUAAUGUGAAGUUUCAUGUGAAGUGCAGUCUAAGUUCUCCAACUCGCUGCGUGUUCCUGUUUCUGAAGCAACAACUGCUUAUUGUUCUGGAGUAAAAAACAACAUGUGAGGCGCUCGGACUGUUGUCCUCUUCUAUCCAACUUAAUCAGCGCUGAUGAAUGAUAUUCAAUAAGAUAUUCAACUAAUAUAGUUUGAGCCAUUGUUUUGCCUCGGCUUUGCCAAUUAGAUAUGGCCGUGCUCUCCUGCGGUUCAUACACGCAUGACAGACCGCAGCAGAGGAAAACAUAAUGCAGUCUGACAGGCAAAGCAGGAUUGUUAGAUCGGGGACGUAAUGUACGCAGCAUAUGUCAUCAUUUAAAACCCUCCGACUGACAACGCUGUGUUUAAAAAUACUCUUAAGAUGAACAAGAGUUUGUAAAACGUUCUUUUUAUGUCCAAUAAAGAGUUACUCUCAUGUG